CUUGCAGUGCCACUGUCUCUCCGCCCAGCUCCGGCCCCUGCUCGGGGACAGGCAGUAUAUCAGAAAGUUCUACACAGAUACUGCUUUCCUGCUAAGCAACGCCCACGUCACGGCCAUGCUCCAGUGCCUGGAAGCGGUGGAACAGAACAACCCCCGCCUCCUGGCUCAGAUCGAUGCGUCUAUGUUUGCCAGAAAGCAUGAGAGCCCGCUGCUGGUAACCAAGAGCCAGAGCCUGACAGCUCUGCCUGGAUCCACAUACACCCCUUCAACCAGCUAUGCUCAACAUUCCUACUUCGGGUCCUUCUCUAGCCUCCACCAGUCCGUCCCUAACCACGGCUCAGAAAGAAGAUCUACUUCCUUUUCACUCUCUGGCCCUCCCCGAAAACCCCAAGAGAGCAGAGAGCACGUCUCACCAGCACAGGAUCAAGCCUUCCAAGCCCCCCUGCUUCCAGUCUCGGCAUUAGCCAGGGAUCCCCCCUCAGCCCCAGAUGAGAUGAGCUCUAGCACCCUGACCAGCCCGCUAGAAGCAUCCUGGGUCAGCAGCCAGAAUGACUCCCCCAGUGAUGCCAGCGAGGGGCCCGAGUACUUGGCCAUCGGCAGCCGGGACCCCCAAGGCCGGCCCGCCAGCUGUCAGAGCCACGGCAGCAGAGCUGAGAGCAGCACCUCCAACUCGUUCUCCUCCAGCGGCUCGCAGAAGCCGGCUUCUGCCGCUUCUCCCCGAGGCGAGCAGGACGGAGGCGGGCAGGGCCAGCUGUCCAGCGGCCUUCGCAGGUCCAGCUUCUCGGAGGGGCAGACCCUCACUGCCACCGGUGGAACAAAGAAGAGCCAUACUCGCUCCCAUUCGGAUACCAACAUUGCCUCCAGAGGAGCCCCAGAAUCCUGCAAUGAUAAGUCGAAGUUGAGAGGCCCCUUGCCCUACUCUGGCCCAAGCAGUGAAGUCAGCACACCCAGCUCUCUGUACAUGGAGUAUGAGGGUGGUCAGUACCUGUGCUCAGGGGAGGGCAUGUUCCGAAGACCAUCGGAAGGACAGUCCCUCAUCAGCUACCUGUCUGAGCAAGACUUUGGAAGCUGUGCAGACCUGGAAAAGGAGAACGCCCACUUCAGCAUCUCAGAGUCCUUGAUUGCUGCCAUUGAGCUCAUGAAGUGCAACAUGAUGAGCCAGUGCCUAGAAGAGGAGGAAGAAGAGGAGGAAGACAGCGAUAGAGAGAUCCAGGAAUUGAAGCAGAAGAUCCGCCUGCGUCGCCAGCAGAUCCGCACCAAGAACCUGCUCCCCGGGUACCAGGAGGCUGAGCACGGAACAGGUUUUCGGGUCACUUCUAGCAGCUCCCAGUUUAGUUCACAUGAUUCAACACAGUUCUCUGACUCUGGCUCUGCUGACGAGGUUGAUGAAUUUGAAAUCCAAGAUGGUAGCGAAGGAUCUAACCUGACUCACAUGUCAAAGAACGGACUCUCAGUGUCAAUGGCCUCGAUGUUUUCAGAUGCUGAUAUCAGAAGGAGCACAGCCUCAAACAGCAAAUCCUUCACUUCCUCCCAGUCCUUCUCUCACUGCUUCCUUCACUCCACAUCUGCGGAGGCAGUGGCCAUGGGACUCCUGAAGCAGUUCGAAGGCAUGCAGCUCCCCGCUGCCUCAGAGCUAGAAUGGCUAGUUCCAGAGCAUGAUGCCCCUCAGAAGCUCCUGCCCAUCCCUGACUCACUGCCCAUCUCACCAGAUGACGGGCAGCACGCUGACAUCUACAAGCUGCGGAUUCGUGUUCGUGGCAACCUGGAGUGGGCCCCACCCCGGCCUCAGAUCAUUUUUAAUGUUCAUCCAGCCCCAACGAGGAAGAUCGCGGUGGCCAAGCAGAAUUACCGCUGUGCUGGGUGUGGCAUUCGGACUGACCCUGAUUAUAUUAAGCGGCUGCGGUACUGUGAGUACUUGGGCAAGUACUUCUGUCAGUGCUGCCAUGAAAAUGCCCAGAUGGUCAUCCCCAGCCGGGUUCUGCGCAAGUGGGACUUCAGCAAGUACUAUGUCAGCAAUUUCUCCAAGGACCUGCUUAUUAAGAUCUGGAACGAUCCUCUCUUCAAUGUGCAGGACAUCAACAGUGCCCUCUAUAGGAAGGUCAAGCUGCUCAAUCAAGUCCGGCUGCUGCGGAUCCAGCUGUAUCACAUGAAGAACAUGUUCAAGACAUGCCGACUGGCCAAAGAACUUCUGGAUUCCUUUGACACAGUUCCAGGCCACCUGACCGAGGAUCUCCACCUGUACUCACUGAAUGACUUGACUGCAACCAGGAAGGGGGAGUUGGGGCCCCGGCUCGCUGAGCUCACCAGGGCAGGGGCUACCCACGUAGAGCGAUGCAUGCUCUGCCAAGCCAAGGGCUUCAUCUGUGAGUUCUGUCAGAAUGAGGAUGACAUCAUCUUUCCUUUUGAGCUGCAUAAGUGCCGGACCUGUGAAGAGUGUAAAGCGUGUUACCAUAAAGCUUGUUUCAAGUCUGGAAGCUGUCCCCGGUGUGAGCGGCUGCAGGCCCGGCGGGAAUUGCUGGCCAAACAGAGCCUGGAGUCUUACAUGUCAGACUACGAGGAGGAACCCAUGGAAGCCCUGGCCGUAGAGGCCACCGUCCUGGAGGCCACCUGAAGAAAGCACAUUAAGCCCUCUUUCCAGGGGCCAGGGUCACAUGUAAUGCAGAACUGAGCCACCCUUUUAAGCACUUUCCCCACUUGUUUUUUUUUCUUUAAUUAUUAUCCUUAUUAUUAUUUUUUUAAUGACUUGUCUAACGUCCAUGUAAAUCAACCUUCAUUAGGUUGGUGGGGUCCAGUCUGUUGUGACAAUUUGUAGGUACCGGGUAUUUCCAUCAGAACUGACACAUGAGUCCUUAUGUGAAACUUCUAGUGCCUCUGCCAGGGGAAUGGAUGGUGAGACCCAAUUCUUCUGACAUCCAUGGCCUUCUGUACUUGGACCAGAUCUGGUUUCAGCUGCAUUUCAAGUAUCAUUUCCAGUUUCAUUUUGUUUUAGUUCUGGAGCUUCUGUGUCAGGCCUUUCCCAGCCAACUCACUUCUCCUUUGCUGCUGAAAUAGGAGGAUGGAGUUUUCUCCCUCUGCCUUGGAAUAGAGUCAGACUGGGCCCGGAGGAGAAGCAGCAGGGAAUGGGACUACAUCGUGGGCAUUCUGUCCAGCUUACAUAGGUAAUUUUUGAGGCCGUAAAAACAGCAUUCUUACCUGGAAUCCUCAGAGACCUCAAGGAGGCCACCAUGACCUCCUUGUUUGAAAUAGUCUAGGCGUCGAUGAUGUCACAGACUGACUUUCUUUACCGUGGUGGGCUUGAAGCAAUGAAACAGCACUGACACUUAAGCCAGGCCCCUUCGUAGCCUUCUAGCAAGCAUCAGUGAGGCUGCCACUCUGUUGUUUCAAGGGCAUUUAUUCGAUCGGAGGAGUUGUUGGCCUCCUCUUACGCGAUGAGGUCUCCUUUAGUCAACCUAGCUCUGGUGCAGGUAUGAUCUUCCAAGCCCGGGCAAGUUCCUGAUGCCAUCCUAAGCUGCAGACAGAAACUCCAUCCGCUAUCUGAUUUGUGGGUCCCUUGCCACUGUGUCCUCUGUUAGAUGGUCAUUUUGGUUCUGAGUGAAAUUAUGGGCCUACUCCAUUCUCAUCCCCUUCCCGUAACAUAGCUGGGACCCUCCCUGGUGGCUGAACUCUUGCCUUAGUUUCUUUUGUUAAAGUCAGGGUGGGGGCAGGGAGAUCUCUGCUAUUAGUGGGGUUAGAGAACUUGGCCAUUUGUGGGUGUGAGUGUGAGUGUGAAUGUUCCUGUGUUCUUGGGAUAACAAGAGCCUUUAUGCCUAUUAACGCACUGAACUCUGUAGCCUGGUAAUAUCCAUAUGUUCCUUCUUUUCAUGUUACUAAUUUUAACACACACAUACCUUUUCUUAAAAUGUGCAUUUUGAUGGGACCGUCAAUAUGUUUGUGGUGUUCUUUACGUUGCUGUGGCCCCUGACCCCUACCUAGAACACUGGCCGGGGGUGCUGUUCUGAGGGCUGGCAGCUCUGUGAACAAGAGCCCACAGCAUUUUUUUUCUGGGACUGACUUCUUAUGUUUCCAUAAUUGGUUGCUAGUAGAAAAAACUUCUGUGGACGCUGCCCCAAGAAGCUGAACAGAAAGUAGCACAUGGUCAGUGGAAGCUGAUGAGUGGCCGAGCUGGAGGCCACCAGGAGUCUCACAGGAAGUAGAAGGGGCAGUAAAGUAAUGGCCAGAGCUGAGGCUUCACCUGGGCCGGAGGGAGCAGGGAGGAAGUGACCCAUGGUGCUGGUCUCUCUGCCUCAGACUUAGGAUCAGGCCGGAAGACCCUGAGGCUGUUCUCCCUUUAGUUCGUGGGGGAGGCUCUGAAAGCCAAGGCCUCCAGCCCAGCCCGGUUUUGAGGGGCUAACUAGGAGCUCCGUUGUCCUCCGUUGGCCCCACACAACUCAAGUCUUACUAAGGGUUAGGCCUCCGAUUCGGGUUCAGGGGUUUGUAAAAAAAUGGUGAGCUGUGUCCAGUUUUGGUAUAAAUUAUACAUCUAGCUCCUUACUCUUAAGUCGCUACACUGGAGGAGAGAUGCACUGUCAUUAUUGUCCUGCCUGUUUCGUAUUAGCAGAGGACCAAAGGAUGGAAAAUGCUGGCAGUUUCCAAAGUUGAGCUCAACAAUCUUACGUGCUCCUGGUUUUUCACUUAUUUUUCUCUACCUUCCCCAUUCCAUCUCCUUAGAUUGCAUAUCUGUUUUAGUGACCCUGACACUCUGCUGUCAUCACUAUCCAAAUACCCACUUAUUUAUUUAUUUGAGAGGAAGGAGAGAGAGGAAAGAGUAUGGGAUGUUUGAAAGCACUUUGGAACUUAUAGCGGUAUCUAAAAACCCCCUGCUGUUGUGGGGAAAAGCUUUGAAUGCACUGAAGAGCUUUCCUUCUGAAUGAAAAGGGAGGGAAGAAGUGUUCUUUUUUAUAAAUAAAGGGAAAAAAGUUAAAAGUUUGCUUACAAGGUAGAGACAAGGUUCAAGACAUAGCAGAAGAGUGGAAGGCAGAUAUUUUCCACUUAAAUGAGGCUGUUGUUGACUUUCUCUGCCAAGGCUUUAGAGCUUUUGUUGAAUUAACAUAAAAGGAGCAAGAGUCUAAAGAGAGAUGUUCUGUUCGUGUACAACUCGUGUUCUGAACUGGAUUUCUACUCGCUGUAAUUCAUACAUAGCCCAACAGUUUAUUGUCAUCUUUAAUAAACUAAGGAAAUGAAA